AGACACUUUGCGAGGGCGAGAACGAGAGUGAGAAAGAGAUGUUUUUGUUGCCAUGGCAAAAAAGUGGAUUAAUCGUGAUGUACGGAUCAUCAUGUUUAGGUCUUUGCAGAACGAAUUUGAUUCACGGAUAGACUACAUUGGAUUCAUUUGAAAGCUCAUAAAACUGUUGAGUUACCGGGAGCAAUAAAGGAGAUAUUAUCCGCUCAGCAGGCGCUCGUUUUGGGCUAUCUAUGACUGGAGACUUACGAUAAGGUUAUGAUACCAAUGAUUGUACAAUCCUUUUCGACGAGACACGACCUUGGGGGAGACAUAUUCUCACUGGACUCUGUGUGGAAAUGUGAGACAAAUGAAAGCUUUACAGUACCAAGAGUGGAGUAGACUGAGAUAUUCCCCCGGACACCAUGUUUCUGAGAGUGUCGCUGCAGUGAUGGUAUUUUUCUGAAUGCAAGAGACCGAUGGUGUCACGUUGUGGUUUACCUAAUAAAAUGAGCCUCUUGCUUUUGGCCCUUCUUUUGCUGGAUGUCAGGAUGGCAAACUUAAGCCUCCUGGUGGGCGCCCAGUCCAAUGAGAGGCGGGUGCUGGCCCACGUCCCUGGGGACAUCAUCAUCGGGGCCCUGUUCUCGGUUCACCACCAGCCCCCAGCUGAUAAGGUGCACGAGCGGAAGUGCGGGGAGGUGCGGGAGCAGUACGGGAUCCAGCGCGUGGAGGCCAUGCUGCACACCCUGGAUCGCAUCAACGCCGACACCAAGAUCUUGCCCAACAUCUCGCUGGGCUGCGAGAUCCGAGACUCCUGCUGGCAUUCCGCGGUGGCCCUGGAGCAGAGUAUUGAGUUCAUCCGGGACUCUCUGGUCCCCUCAGAAGAGACAGAGAGCCAGGCGCGUUGCUCCAGCGACGGGCCUGUCAGGGGGAAGAAACCUAUCGUGGGCCUGAUUGGGCCUGGAUCCAGCUCAGUAGCCAUCCAGGUCCAGAACCUGCUGCAGCUAUUUAAUAUCCCCCAGAUUGCCUAUUCUGCUACCAGCAUGGACCUCAGUGAUAAGUCCCUAUUCAAGUACUUUAUGAGAGUAGUGCCCUCUGAUGCCCAGCAAGCCCGGGCCAUGGUGGACAUCGUGAAGCGGUACAACUGGACCUAUGUGUCGGCCAUUCACACUGAGGGAAACUAUGGGGAGAGCGGCAUGGAGGCAUUCAAGGACAUGGCCGCCAAGGAGGGGAUCUGCAUCGCGCACUCUGACAAGAUCUACAGCAACGCCGGGGAGCAGGGCUUCGACAGGCUCCUGGGGAAGCUGAGGAGCCAUCUUCCCAAGGCGCGCGUGGUGGCCUGCUUCUGCGAGGGCAUGACCGUGCGCGGGAUCCUCAUGGCCAUGCGGCGCCAGGGCCUGGUGGGGGAGUUCCUGCUGGUCGGCAGCGAUGGCUGGGCCGACCGCUACGACGUGACAGACGGGUAUCAGAGGGAGGCUGCGGGCGGCAUCACCAUCAAGCUGCAGUCGGCCUACGUCAAGUGGUUUGAUGACUACUACCUGAAGCUCAGGCCCAACAGCAACCUGCGCAACCCCUGGUUCCCCGAGUUCUGGCAGCACCGCUUCCAGUGCCGCCUGAGGGGCCAUCCGCAGGAGAACACCAAGUACACUCGCAUCUGCAGCGAGAAAGAGUCCUUGCGCCAGCAAUACGCCCAGGAUACCAAAAUGGGCUUUGUCAUCAAUGCCAUCUACUCCAUGGCACACGGCCUCCACAACAUGCAGAGGGCACUGUGCCCUGGCUACACCGGUCUCUGCAAAGCCAUGCGGCCCAUUGACGGCAGCAAGCUGCUGGAAUUCCUCAUGAAGACUAACUUCUCGGGCGUGUCUGCAGAGGUCAUUCGGUUUGAUGAGAAUGGAGACUCUCCGGGGAGGUACGAGAUCAUGAAUUUCAAGAAGGUGGGCGUGAACGACUUCGGCUACAUUAACGUUGGAAGCUGGGACAACACUGGUCUGAAGAUGGACGAUGAUGAGAUUUGGGCUAAUGCGAGUUCCAUUAUCAGAUCAGUUUGCAGUGACCCAUGUGAGAAGGGACAGAUCAAGGUGAUCCGCAAGGGCGAAGUCAGCUGCUGCUGGACCUGCACGCCGUGCAAGGAGAACGAGUACGUCUUUGACGAGUACACCUGCCGGGCCUGCGAGCUUGGGUCAUGGCCCACAUAUGACCUCACAGGGUGUGACCCCAUUCCUGUGGAGUACCUCCGCUGGGGGGACCCCGAGCCCAUCGCUGCCGUGGUCUUCGCCUGCCUCGGCCUCCUGGCGACCUCCUUCGUCACGUGCAUUUUCAUCAAGUUCCGGGACACGCCGGUGGUGAAGUCCUCCAGCCGCGAGCUCUGCUACAUCAUCCUGGCGGGCAUCUGCCUGGGCUACCUCUGCACCUUCUGCCUCAUCGCCAAGCCGCACGUGGUCUACUGCUACCUGCAGAGAGUGGGCAUCGGCCUGUCGCCCGCCAUGAGCUACUCCGCCCUGGUCACCAAGACCAACCGCAUCGCCCGCAUCCUGGCCGGCAGCAAGAAGAAGAUCUGCACCAAGAAGCCACGCUUCAUGAGCGCCUGCGCCCAGUUGGUCAUCGCCUUCCUCCUCAUCGUUCUCCAGCUGGGCAUCAUCGUGGCACUCUUCAUCAUGGAGCCACCCGAGGUCAUCCAUGACUACCCCAGCAUCCAGGAGGUCAACCUCAUCUGCAACACCACCACCCUGGGCGUGGUGGCGCCACUGGGCUACAACAGCCUGCUCAUCCUCAGCUGCACCUUCUACGCCUUCAAGACGCGCAACGUGCCGGCCAACUUCAACGAGGCCAAGUACAUCGCCUUCACCAUGUACACCACCUGCAUCAUCUGGCUGGCCUUCGUGCCCAUCUACUUCGGCAGCAACUAUAAGAUCAUCACCAUGUGCUUCUCGGUCAGCCUGAGCGCCACGGUGGCUCUGUGCUGCAUGUUCGUGCCCAAGGUCUACAUCAUCCUGGCCAAGCCGGAGCGCAACGUGCGCAGCGCCUUCACCACCUCCACCGUGGUGCGCAUGCACGUGGGCGACGGCAAGUCCUCCUCUGCCGCCAGCCGCACCAGCAGCAUGGCCAACCUGUGGAGACGCCGCGGGUCGGGCGGGGAGACACUCAGCUCCAAUGGGAAGACUGUCACAUGGGCUCAGAAUGAGAGAGUGCAGAGCUACAACCUGUGGAAGCGAAUCUCUGUCCACAUCAAGAAGAGGGAGUCCAACCAGACGGCCGUUAUCAAGCCCUUCUCCAAAGACGAGGGCGGGGUCAAGUGCAUAUAUGAGGUGCCUGAGACGAACCAACUCUACCCGGUCACGUACCGCCCACGGACCCCCUCGCACAUCAGCACGGUGAGCCAGAGGGCUGCGCCGCGGGGCUGCCUGGAAGAGGAGGAGGAAGAGGAGGUGCCGGCUCUGCCGUCCUACCUGAACGAGCGGCCCCAGCGCGGCCCCAGCGCCCAGGGCACCAUCAUGGACCAGAUCAGCUGCGUGGUCAACCGCUUCACCGCCAACAUCAGCGAGCUCAACAGCAUGAUGCUGUCCGGCCCCCCCUCCUGCGGUGCCACGCCCACCUCCACCACGCCCUGCUCCCCGACCUUCCUCAUUCCUCGCGAGAUGCAGCUGCCCACCUCCGUCACCACCUUCGCCGAGGUGCAGGCUGCCUCCGGCAUGGGGGCCAACGGUCGCAUGCGCGGCUUGGCCAAGGCCCCGCCUCUCCAGAUCAUGGACUCCCUGCAGGAUCCCACCUCUGUAAUGAGGCCCUCCGACCUGGAGGAGGCGCUGGCGACCCUGACGCCCCCCUCGCCCUUUAGGGACUCUGUGGGCUCUGGGAGCGGGUCGCCCACAUCGCCCGCCUCAGAGUCGGCCCUCUGCGACCCGUCCUCGCCCAGGUAUGAUCGGCUGGUGCUGCGGGACUACAGCCAGAGCUCAUCGUCAUUGUGAAGCCAGGCAGAGAGCAGCAGGGCAACCAUGGCGCCUCCUUAAACACACAGCAAAAUGACAAACGUUAGUCAACACCUGCCAGGUUUCCUGUAACCCCUGUGUUUACAGCAGUGUGGAUUUAGUCUGUGUUGAGUGGCCAGAAAGGACCUGACCAAGGCUCUAGCAAGUUUCUUCAUGACACAGUUUACAGAAGGGGUCCAGAGAACAGGCUUCAUAUAACUUCAAGUGGCCUUACUGUGCUCAGAUGCAGCUUUUGGCCAAUCUAGAGUCUCUUUUGGACUCUGCUAGGACUGGGCCACUGGCUUUGCCAUUGGGGCCCCGGUAUUGCUGAGGAGCAUUAACAGUAUACACCCUGGUGGUCCUUGGUGAUCAUCCUUGUGACAGUUAAAAUGGAACAGACACGUGAGAUGCUGUCGACUGUAUCCUGGGGUGUCGAAAUCAUGGUCAACAGCAUAAAUAUCCAGUGUGAUUUGCCUUUCUGGCACAUUUUCAGACACACUACAGUAUAAA